CGGAUGUGAUUGAUCUUAGCUAAUUGUUGCCCCGCGUUAGCAUGAAUACCCACAGACUGUAAAUGUUGAUUUAAUAAGCGACUCUGCUCUACGUUUUAGGAUUUAGGAUGUAUAUUAUUCUUGUGCAACAUUGAUAGCGCUCUCAGUGACUGCUUCUUGUUUGGGGACAUUCAGAUCAUAGGAAGACAAUCAGUUAAACCAUUGGAGGAUGUCUCUGCCUAAGCGGGAGGUGGAGGAGUUGAGACCCUGGGUGGAGCGCACUGUGAAGAAGGUGCUGGGUUUCUCGGAGCCCACGGUGGUGACUGCAGCCUUACACUGCGUGGGGAAGGGGCUGGAUAAGAAGAAGACCACAGACCAGCUGCGUCCGUUCCUCGAUGACUCGGCAGGAGGUUUUGUGGAACGUCUGUUCGAAGCCCUCGAGGAAAGCCGUAACAGCCGUGGCAGCAAAGGAGCGAGUGAAAAGCACCGGAAGAGAGAACUUAAGGAUGUCUUUGGAGAGGAGGCUGAAACAGGAGCACUGAAAGCAGCUCCAGAAGCAGGAGACGGGACAACAGUCAAGAGGAAAAGGGUCCCGCGCUUUCAGGAGGUGGAGGAGCCUGAGGUUAUACCCGGACCUCCGUCUGAAAGCCCUGGCAUGCUCACCAAAAUGCAGAUCAAGCAGAUGAUGGAAGCAGCCACUAAACAGAUAGAAGAAAGGAAGAAACAGCUGAGCUUUCCCUCGCCGGCCCCAUCUGCAACAGCGGACGUUUCACGGCUCCUUGGCUCCUCUGCUGGUGGAGCUGCGUCUAUCGCCCCCUCCCAGGCGGCCAGCUUUAUGAACGAUGCCAUAGAGAAAGCCCGCAAAGCAGCUGAGCUCCAGGCCCGCAUCCAGUCCCAGUUAGCCAUGAAGCCCGGUAUCCUCGGCACUUUGGGCAACGCAGGGCCUCCAAACUUUGUCGCCCUUGCUAAUCUGCACGCGAUGGGAAUUGCGCCACCGAAGGUUGAAGUUAAAGAGGUGAACAAACCAACGCCUCUGAUUCUGGAUGACAAGGGCAGAACUGUUGAUGCUACAGGCAAAGAGAUUGAACUCACACAUCGUAUGCCCACACUUAAAGCUAACAUACGAGCCGUAAAGCGGGAGCAGUUUCGGCAGCAGCUGAAGGAGAAGCCGGGGGAUGACAUCGAGUCUACGUCCUACUUCGACCAGCGCGUACCAAUCACGCCCGCCCAACGAGCUCGCAGGGGCUUCAAAUUCCACGAACCGGGCCGUUUUGAGAAGAUUGCCCAGAGAGUCCGAACCAAGGCCCAGCUGGAGAGGCUGCAGAAUGAGAUCGCCCAGGCCGCGAAGAAAACAGGAAUCCAAGCUUCCACCAAGCUGGCACUGAUUGCUCCGAAAAAAGAGAUUGGCGAUGGGGAGGUGCCCAGUAUUGAGUGGUGGGACUCGUACAUAUUGCCCUCCAACAUGGCUGUAAAUCCGGACUCCAAGUUUGAAGAGUUUGACCUUUUUGGUGUCACGAACUUAGUAGAACAUCCCGCCCAAAUUAGUCCCCCAGUCGACACAGACAAGCCAGUAACGUUAGGAGUGUACCUAACAAAGAGAGAACAGAAGAAACUGAGAAGACAAACACGGAGGGAGGCACAAAAAGAAGUGCAGGAAAAGGUCCGUCUGGGCCUGAUGCCUCCACCAGAACCAAAAGUACGAAUCUCCAACCUCAUGAGGGUCUUGGGUACGGAGGCCGUUCAGGACCCGACUAAAGUAGAAGCACAUGUGCGAGCGCAGAUGGCCAAGAGACAAAAAGCUCACGAGGAGGCCAAUGCAGCUCGCAAGCUGACGGCAGAGCAGAGAAAAGAGAAGAAGGUGAAGAAGUUAAAAGAAGACCUCACUAAUGGUGUUCAUGUUACGGUAUACAGGAUCCGUAACCUUCAAAAUCCAGCAAAGAAAUUUAAAGUGGAGGCCAACGCAAACCAGCUGUACCUGACGGGCACCGUAGUUCUGCACAGAGACGUCAACCUGGUUGUGGUGGAGGGAGGCCCUAAAGCGCAAAAAAAGUUUAAGAGACUGAUGAUGCAUAGAAUCAAAUGGGAGGAACACAACAGUAAAAGAGACGAUCCAGAUGGUGAUGAUGACACGAGGAGAAACAACAAGUGUUGGCUGAUCUGGGAGGGGACGGCUAAAGAGCGGAGUUUCGGAGAGAUGAAGUUCAAGCAGUGCCCCACCGAGAACAUGGCCCGAGAGCACUUCAAGAAGCAUGGCACAGAACACUACUGGGACUUGGCGCUCAGCCAGAGUGUGUUGGAAGGCUCAGAUGACUGAAGCAAACCAGUGGAGCCCUUUGAUUCAGUCAGUGACUCUUAACCAUGGUCGAGCCUGCGACAUCCCCUGCCUCACAGCCAGCUGCCGCCCUCCCUCUGCCGGUUACUGGACUAAGAGACUUGGAACGUAGAGAAAAGGAGCGACAACAAAUUUGUGCGAGUGUUUUUUGUGAGAGAAUGGUACAGAUCCAGGUGUGUAUAGAGAAGUAUGUGUGUAUAAGUCAGCAUCAGUGUUGAUUUCUUUGGCGAUAUAGGCUUUCCGUCUCAUUUCUUUUUUCUUUUUUUUUUGAUUGCGCAGUUUCAUGUAAUAACUCUCCAAAGGCAUAAUGUGGUGACGAGCUCUGUUUUAUUACAAAUGAUCAUUUUCAGAUUAAAAUUUCAAUGUUAAUUUGUAAAUCUGUUGGAAUCCUUGAGUGAACACCCCCUCCUCCCUCCUCCCUGAUGUUGGACACUAUUAGCACACGUUUCGUGCUAACUCGUGGAAAACACAGAUGGAAAAAUAUCUUUCCCACAUAAGCUUCACAAGCCUUUCCAUGAAAACCAGGUUUCUAAAUUGGUUUAUGCAAAGAGAAAAUGCAUUUUUUUCCCACUCUGUUGUAGCUACACGUCUCUUAACAGUGCAGUCUCCGCCUUAAAUAAACAAAAAUAUACAACCAC